UUCCAUGAAGAGAUCCCCAGCGAGCUUCCUGCCUGCAGAGCACGGCAGAGCAUGGGACAGCACGCUUCUACAAGAGAGCAAGGCUUCCUUUUGUGACUAACAUAUGGAACUGAGGUGAAAUCGUGCUCUUUCUCAUAUACCUGAUAACAACUGGAAAAGGGAACACAAGUCCUCAAGAUGAAAACCCUCAUCUUUGCAGCUGUUGGAGCAAUGCUUCUGUCUCUCACUUUGUGUCAAAGCGGUAUGGAAGAUGAUGAAGAAUACUUGGCAAGACCAACCAUAACUAUUAAGAACUUCCGUGGAGUUCCCCAACAUGAUUUGGAAGAGAUUCCCCCUUCUGCUAUAGAAGGCUGGACAGAAAUCACAACAGUAAAAUUUAAGUGCCCUGAACAAAGUGUUUCAAAUAUCCACGUGAAUAACGCUACCACAGAGUACCUGAGUAGCUCUCUAAGCACCAAACUGAUACCCACCAUCUACAUCCUGGUAUUUGUAGUAGGUGCGCCAGCCAACGUGGUGACCCUGUGGAUGCUCUUCUUCAGGACCAGAUCCAUGCGCAUGACCAUUUUCUACACCAACCUGGCCAUUGCAGAUUUUCUAUUCUGUGUCACACUGCCGUUUAAGAUCGCCUACCAUCUUAAUGGGAACAACUGGAUAUUCGGAGAAGUCAUGUGCCGGCUCACCACAGUCAUCUUCUACGGCAACAUGUACUGCUCCAUUCUGCUCCUCGCCUGUAUCAGCAUCAACCGCUACCUCGCCAUCGUCCAUCCUUUCACUUACAGGGUGCUGCCUAAACGCAGCUACGCCACCCUAGCCUGUAUAAUGGUGUGGACAACGGUUUUCUUAUAUAUGUUGCCAUUUUUCAUGCUGAAGCAGGAAUAUUAUCUUGUCCAGCAGGGCAUCACCACCUGCCAUGAUGUCCACAACAUAUGCGAGUCUUCAUCUUCCUUCCAACUCUACUACUUCAUAUCCUUGGCAUUCUUUGGAUUCUUAGUUCCAUUUGUGGUCAUUAUCUACUGCUAUACAGCCAUCAUUCGGACGCUUAACUCUUAUGAUCAUAGAUGGUUACGGUAUGUUAAGGCGAGUCUCCUUGUUCUUGUGAUUUUUACCAUUUGCUUUGCACCAAGCAACAUUAUACUUAUUAUUCACCAUGCUAACUACUAUUAUACCACCACUGAUGGCUUGUACUUUAUCUAUCUCAUAGCCUUGUGCCUAAGUAGCCUGAAUAGUUGCCUAGAUCCAUUCUUUUAUUUUCUCAUGUCAAAAAUCACAGAUCACCCUACUUCUUACCUUACAAUGGUGAAGUCAUCAUAGGGAAUAAGGAAAGCUAUCUGUGAAAAUAUACAUACUUGCGAUAACACAGUGUAGGGAACUGUGGUCUCUAGCUACACUUUUGAGCUCCUGAGAAAUAGUGCUUCAAAAGAAAAUACUAUAAAACCACUAACUUAAAAAAAAAGUGCUAGCAAUACUUUAAAAAUAUCAAUGCAAGAGAAAAGAUAUUACCAUUAUUUUUAUAGUAACUGACACUUUAUCAUUUGCCUUCCUGGUCUUUCAAGUUUUUAUAUCUCCAUUUCCCCUAUAUCUAUCUGGUUUCUACUCUAGAUGAUAGAUGACUUAGAAGGAGACUAAUGAGAGAAAGAACAGGGGUCUGAAUGAUGAGAAAUGUUAAGAUGUCACUUUUUAAUAUUUAGCAUCAUUUUAGAUUUUCUGCUUCUUUCAACACUCAUUCUGGGGGCUGCCAUCCUCAUGAUGCCUGUCACUAGAGCAUAUCAUCCUAGUCCUUUCUUUGUCUUUUAACCACUUGUUCACAGCCAGCCUAGCCUCCAUUUUCAAGACCAAAUUAAUCUUCCUAAAGUAUCACUUUGAAUACAUUACUCAAAACCCCCAAUGCAAAAACCCUUCUCGCCUCCUCACUGCUUCUGGAAUAAAUUAGACAUCACUAAGCUGGUAUUCAGGGUUGGUUUUCUACUUUUACUUCCCAACAAUCUUGCUUAUAGUAUAGAUACCAGCCAAGUCUCUUGCUUUGCUGUGAUCUCGAUUUCUCCUCUUUUCCCCCGCCACUAACUGGAAAGCUAUUUCUAACAUGUUUGCCUUAAUUCUUUCCAUCUUUGGAAGUCGUCUAAGGACCAAUAUCCCCUGAUUCCAAGCUAGAUGUUUAUUUUUCUUGUCUGAACCUUCAAAGUACAUCUUCUAUUUUUAUUAUGGCACUUAAAUACACUUCACUUAUAUACAAAUAUUAAUUCCAUUAACAUAUAUUAAGCACCACGUAGAGAAAGGACUCCUCCUCCCCCUUCCUUGAGCUCCCUAUAGCAACCCUAGAAUGAAUUUUUCUCAGGGUCUACAGGAUCCAGUUCAAAUUCUGUAUAUCAUAUGCCUGAAUGAAUAAAUCCCAAAAUACCUAAACAGCAUGAAAGUCCAUUAAAUUCAUACUGAGAAGGUAAGGCUCUCUGUACAUCAUGGGAUGUUAUUUUUUGGUUGGGCAUCUAAAAAAAAAAAAAAAGGAAACUAGGAAUAUAACUCAAGGUCAUUUCAAAGUUUAAAAUAACUCCAUUAUUUUAUUCCUUAAAUAUAGCUUUUAAUGGGGAAAAUAUUGUGUUAAAAUAUCCAUAAUAUUCCUGUAGAUAAAUGACUUACUUUCCCUUAAUUUAGGGAUUAGACAAGAGGGGGAAUAUUAGUGGUUAAGGGCAUGGAGGAUUCAUGAUAUAAAUUUUCAAGUCUGUAGGAAUGUGCAUUGACCAUAUGCUUUGUAUUGACCAUCAAAACAAUUAAACUAUUUCAAAUGUGUAUUUUUGAGUGUGCAGAGUUUUCUAUUUUCAUUGGACAUGGGUUAAAAAAACAGGCAUAUGAAUACCCUUUAAAGUAUGGGGCUUACA